GUCAACUGUUCCACCUCAAGGCAAAUUAAAGCAGAAGAAAGGUGCCAACAGUAAAACACCAUGGAGAAUACUACUGACACCUCUCAAGAUGUCUUAAAUUUCACACAGAGUGAAGUUCUGAUCAAUAUGCCACAGAACUCCAUUGAAGUGCAAGUUAUAACAAUUGUUCUCGCACUUCUAAUAUGCGGUGUUGGGAUAGCAGGGAAUAUAAUGGUGGUGUUGGUUGUGCUGCGCACCAAGCACAUGAUGACCCCUACUAACUGUUAUCUUGUCAGUCUGGCUAUUGCGGACCUUGUCGUCCUUCUAGCGGCAGGUUUACCUAAUAUUUCUGAAGUAGUCGACUCUUGGAUAUACGGUUACGCUGGGUGCCUUUGCAUCACAUACCUGCAAUAUCUGGGUAUUAAUGUAUCAUCCUGCUCCAUCACAGCCUUCACCAUUGAGCGUUACAUUGCUAUCUGCCACUCCAUCAAGGCGCAAUUUAUUUGCACCGUGUCUCGGGCGAAGAGGAUCAUUGCCUGUGUGUGGAUUUUCACCUCGCUGUACUGCAUAAUGUGGUUCUUUUUAGUGGACACGAACAAAACCGUCUACGCCGAUGGGGUGGUGGUCAGCUGUGGCUACCGUGUCUCAAGAAACCUCUACAUGCCAAUUUACUUUCUAGACUUUACUUUGUUUUACGUCAUCCCUCUCAUUGUGGCUACUGUACUGUACGGUCUUAUCGCAAAGAUUUUAUUUAUGAGCCCCUUGCCAACCAGUCUCAAUGACAGAAGUGAAGGUUCUAUACACCAGGGGCGAUCCACCAGCAACGUGAAGGUUUCGUGCAAAUCGAACAAGGGUGCAGUGACGUCAAGAAAACAGGUUACAAAGAUGCUAGCAGUGGUGGUGAUUCUUUUCGCCUUGCUCUGGAUGCCAUACCGGACACUGGUGGUGGUCAACUCUUUCAUGGACCCACCCUACCUCAACACGUGGUUCUUGCUCUUCUGCCGCAUGUGCAUCUACGUCAACAGCGCCAUCAACCCUAUCAUCUACAACCUCAUGUCUCAGAAGUUCCGGGCCGCCUUCAAAAAGCUUUGCAAGUGCAAGGGCCAAGACCCAGAGAAAGUUACCAAGUACAGUGUGCCAGUGUAUUACAGUGUCAUGAAAGACUCUUCCCGUGAGAGCCAUGAGCAGACAGAGCAGGAGGAUGUCAGUGUUAAGAGUGUCAACUUCACAGAUGACUGUGGGGACACUGGCACUAUGUUCAGCAUUGCCUGACAGAAGGACAAAAUUGAGAGCAGUUCUUUGUGUAAAAUAAAGGCCAUGUGCGUAGGGUCACCAUUAAUGUGAUGUACAGUAUUUUUACCAUAUGUGUCAAAGGUCAGUACUAAUGUACUUUUCUCUUGUACAUACACUUUGUCAUUUACUGUUGAAAUGUAUUGACCAUCUGCUAUAGUUUACAUUCUUUUUUUUCUUUUUUCUUUUACCCCUUUUUUCUCCCCAAUUUCGUGGUAUCCAAUUGUUGUAGUAGCUACUAUCUUGUCUCAUC